AUGAAAGUGAUAUUUGACAACCGGCGAGCUACAGUGAAAGGCGCCAAAACUCAGCUCGUGGACGGUGAAGACACACCGUUGCAUCCGUCGACCGGUGAGCCAUCGUUUCACAUCGUGGAGACGUCUAAACGCGAGAACCUGGCAUUGCAGUUGGCUGAAAAGGCUGCGGAAAAGUCCCGUGAAAAGAAAGCGAAGGCGAUCGAGGCGGCCCGGCGAAACAUCGCUUCACCGUCGGUGCGCAGCUCCUUCGAUCGGUUGGCCAGCAUGUCACCGGCAGCGCGACGGUUGGCUACGAACAAGCUCGGACUUCUCAGCACGCCCAGUCCACUAGCGACCCCGGCGGGUUCGUCCGGCUUGAAAACUCCAACCUUGAGACCAUCAAUAAGCAGCCGAGGCAGCAGUAAGUCCAGCGGCCAUCAUGCCAGCAAAACUCGGACUGUCACACCAUCCCCGGGUGGAAUCGUGCGAAGAAAAACGCCUCUUCUCGUCGGUGCGAACGUCAGUGCAGCGAAGGAUGGGUCUACGGAUCUGACGGACGAUUUACUGGACAUUCCUACUGGCGGCAAGCGACCGAAAGCGGCAGAUUUCUUUUGA